UCUGUCUUGAAGCGUGAUGCUUGCUCGCCUCAGCCCCAAUCACCCUACACCUACACCACCUCCACCGACACUGACGUUGCAUUCCUUAAUGACAACACCUACUCUGAUGCCGCUAAGAACGCUGUCACUCCCAAUGGAUGGAAGCAAACUUUCCAAAAUCUUCAGGGAUCGGUCAGCACUUCUGGAUACUUGGGCUAUGUCUCUUACCCCUCGUACAAUCCCGACGUGUGCGCCGCUGAAUGCUCAAAAAGAACUGGAUGCCUUUCCUUCAACAUCUUCUUCGAGCGUAACCCUACCCUCGACCCCAGCAGAGGCGGCGAUUGCCCCCAGCCUCUUUCUCAAACUGCACUCAAGUGCACCUUCUGGGGUGUGCCCACCGAGAAGGAGUCCGCUGUUAACGUUGGCCAAUACCGCAACGAUUACCACGUCGUUAUUAGCGGAUCCAACGGCUAUAAGAUUAUCAAACCCGGCAAACCUCUCCCUGGUCUCACUGACACUGCUCUUGAGAACUGUGCCAUACAGGAGACCUGCGGGUCCUACCUGACCGUCAAGACCUUCAACGACGGCAAGCCUUACGACCCAAACCGCUGCGAUGCUGCCUGCGCUGCCAUCACUGCCGAGUCUCUCAAGGCCAACAAGCCCGAAAGAACUUGCCAGUACUUCACCUCCUACAUGCAGAUGAAGAACGGUCUUCCUCAAUUCCAGGCUUGCGCCAUCUACAGUGCCAGCUGGACUCCUUCUGUCUGCAAGAACACCGGCUACACCUCUAACGGUAACGUCUACACCAUCGAUUACUCUUACAGUUACUCCAACACUUCUAUC